UAUCGUCUUGUCUCAGUCUCGUAAGUAACGCUAUUCGCAGCUUUCACCUAACAGUUUCCUCUCUCUCUUUUUCCCUCGAUCUAAUCUCAAGCUUCAGUUAUGGCGACAAUUCAGAUCGUCAAGGCAAGGCAGAUCUUCGACAGCCGUGGCAAUCCCACCGUCGAGGUUGAUGUGGGUUUGUCAAAUGGAACUAAGCAUAGAGCCGCAGUUCCAAGUGGUGCAUCCACUGGAGUUUACGAGGCCCUUGAGCUAAGAGAUGGAGGGUCGGACUACCUUGGAAAAGGUGUCUCGAAGGCUGUUGAGAAUGUCAACACCAUUAUUGGCCCUGCAUUGAUUGGGAAGGACCCAACCAAGCAGACUGAAAUUGACAACUUCAUGGUUCAACAACUUGACGGAACUGUUAAUGAGUGGGGUUGGUGCAAACAGAAGCUUGGUGCAAAUGCCAUAUUGGCUGUGUCUCUUGCAGUCUGCAAAGCUGGUGCUAGUGUCAACAAUAUCCCUCUCUACAAGCACAUUGCCAACCUUUCUGGCAACAAGAGCUUGGUCUUACCCGUUCCUGCCUUCAAUGUCAUCAAUGGUGGAUCACACGCUGGAAACAAACUUGCAAUGCAGGAGUUCAUGAUUCUUCCUGUUGGGGCUUCCACUUUUAAGGAGGCCAUGAAGAUGGGCGUUGAAGUCUAUCACCAUUUGAAGGCUGUAAUAAAAAAGAAAUAUGGUCAGGAUGCAACUAACGUUGGUGACGAAGGUGGCUUUGCCCCUAAUAUUCAGGAGAACAAGGAAGGUCUUGAAUUGCUCAAGAUAGCCAUUGCUAAGGCUGGAUACACAGGCAAAGUUGUCAUUGGAAUGGAUGUUGCUGCUUCCGAGUUUUAUGGAGAAGAUAAAACGUACGACCUGAACUUCAAGGAAGAGAACAAUGAUUGUUCACAGAAGAUCCCAGGAGAUGCUCUUAAAGAUCUUUACAAGUCAUUUGUGAGUGAGUACCCUAUUGUGUCAAUUGAAGAUCCGUUUGACCAAGAUGACUGGGAGCACUACGCCAAGCUAACCUCUGAAAUCGGGGAACAAGUUCAAAUUGUGGGAGAUGAUCUCUUGGUCACCAACCCAAAGAGGGUUGAGAAGGCAAUUAAAGAUAAGGCUUGCAAUGCUCUUCUUCUCAAGGUGAACCAAAUUGGAUCUGUAACAGAGAGCAUUGAAGCUGUAAGGAUGUCUAAACGAGCCGGGUGGGGUGUUAUGGCAAGCCACCGCAGUGGAGAGACAGAGGAUACUUUCAUUGCUGAUCUCUCUGUUGGUUUGGCUACGGGUCAAAUUAAGACCGGUGCUCCAUGCCGAUCAGAGCGUCUUGCUAAGUACAAUCAGCUCUUGAGAAUUGAGGAGGAGCUUGGUUCAGAAGCAGUCUAUGCUGGAGCGAAGUUCCGCGCACCCGUUGAGCCCUACUAGGAAUUAUUAUUCAUGAAGUUUUCGAUAUUUAUGCGGGAUUUUAAGCAAUGGAAUUUCACUUGCAGUGAAUAAGUUCCAUCUGUAGACUGGCUAGUUUUCGAAACUUGAAAUCUUGUUUUCCCAAUAAUACUCGAGAGAAGUUUUGUUUUAAGAGCUUGAACAGUGCUGAACUGAUCUUUUUUAUUACAUGUUCUUAUCAUAUUAUCCUUUGAGCGGCAUUUUGACUAUUUUGGCUACUGCCGUGCUUCUAAGA